CGAACACACAGACAUACUCGUAGAAAAACGACAACAACAAAAAAGCUGAAACAAGCCAAAAAAUUGAACAAAAGCAAAAAGUAUUUCAGUGUCUCUCGCAAGGCUGAGUUCGCGGCGUCGUCGUCGUCGUCGCUGCGUUCCGUGGAGAAUCAAAUAUUAAUUCAAGAAAAACUCAAUUGAGGAGGGCCCAGCGAAAAUAAUAAUAUAAAGAAAUUCAUAAUAAAUACUAAAAUAACGCCAAAAGCGGUUGCUGGCGUUUUUGCCAAUUUGCAUAAUUUAUAUUCGUAUAUCUGCGUGAGUGUAAAUGUGUCUGUGAUUGUUGUUGUGUCUAAAAAUCAAAAUUGUAUAACGAUAAAAAAAGAAGAGUGAAGUAAGCCAGCCAGCCAGCCGGCGGGCUCCGUGAGGCGUUCAAUAAAACCGUGCUAAUUGUUACUUAAGAAAAAAUUGGAAUUGCAAACACAAAAAGUUGUCAAAUUGCUUGAGAGCCAAAAACAAGACACAAAUAAUUUUAUUUCACCAAUCAGUGCCCCAAAUGGCAAACGGUUCCAAGCGCUGCCGCUCCCGCUGCCAUCGUCAACAGUCGCUGACUCAGCAGCGGCCGUGCUGCAGCGUCAAAUAGCCGCAGUAGCAAAAAUAACAAUAACAAAAAGAGCAACAAACAGCAACAAGAAGAGCAGCAGUCGGCAUCGGCGGCCACAACAUGCCCAGUGCCCAUUACCGUCCAUUACUCGAGAAGAGGCUGCAGACAGAAUUCAACGACGACGACGAGGACGGGGACGACGAGGACGCCGAGGAGUACGAAUAUAUAGGCACCAGCAGCAGCACCAGCACCAGCAACAACAACAAUUGCCAGCAGCAACAACAACAACAAGGGCCACAGCAGCAACAUUUUCAUAAUCAUUUGCAACCGCAGUUCAAUAAACCAAAAAUCUGUUACGAUUAUUAUGAAACAUCGGCCAAAGGCACGCCCGUUCUGAAAUCGACCGCCAACGCUAUGGUUCGUCAUGGGCGCUACAAACGUCUAUUGGUGGUCCUUUUGUUGGCCCUACCGCUCCUCUGCUUCGCCUACUAUCUACUAUAUCCGGACACGCGCCUCGGCGCCAACGACGCCGAACGAGAAUUCGAUCCACAUGUUGGCACAGGUAGGAGACAACGUACAAGAAAUCCCGACGUUGCGGGGGUCAUUGAGGGGGACAAUGAGGUCCUCGAUUUGAUGAUAACUGAUCAUCAGCUGCCCCGCAAAUCGCCUAUUGAAUUGAUUUCGCAGAUAAAGCAAGAUCUUAAUGUUCGUCCCCGAGGGGAGGCGGAGCUGAAAAAGUUCAAUGUGUUUGCGCCGCACGUGUUGGCCAAAAACAAGUUCAAUUCCAAGCAAGCAAUCCGAAAGUCACACAGCUCUGGCGCUCGUGUAUUGAACGAAACGCUAAAUAUAUGCAGCGAGAGCGACGAGGAUCGACGCCUUUACAUACAGGAUAAGCAGAUAGAUGCGUAUGUCCAAUUGCCUGUGAUCUAUUUCGUAACGCCCACAUAUCCGCGACGUGAGCAAAUACCCGAACUGACGCGUCUGGCCUACACUCUGAUGCAUGUCGCAAGACUCCACUGGAUCGUGGCUAAUGAUCAUGAUACCUGUACACAAUAUCUGAUUGAGCUGCUUCUGCGCUUUGGCAUACCCUACACCCACUUGGCCAGCCCCAUGCCCAGUAAAUUUCGCAAUAACAAGCCAGCGCCCCGGGGUGUGGCCAAUCGACGAGCUGCUCUGCAAUGGCUGCGACAACGCAACAUUACGAAUGGAAUUUUAUACUUUGGUGAUGAUGACAAUACAUACGAUUUGAAACUGUUUUCCGAAAUCAGGGAGACACAACGUGUGUCCAUGUUUCCCGUUGGACUGAUAGCAGAUUAUGCGGUUAGUGGACCGGUGGUUUGCAAGGGAAAAGUAGUUGCGUUUUUGGACUCUUGGGUUGCUGAUCGACGCUGGCCCGUCGAUAUGGCUGGCUUUGCGGUAAACCUCGCCUAUAUGGCGCAAUAUCCGAAUGCAAACAUGCCCUAUAAGCCGGGAUAUGAGGAGGAUUUAUUUUUGCGCAGCAUCGGACUGCGUAUGGAUCAGAUCGAGCCACGCGGCAGCAACUGUACUGAAAUUUUGGUGUGGCAUACACAAACGAAGAACAAAAAGGCGCCGACUGUGCGAUUUAGUCGCGAGUAUUUAGAUGAACGAUCAAAUUUGGGCGCACUAUUCGAGGUACUGCAACGUAUGGGUGUGGCACACACAUCAGAAAAUGAAGGUGUCAAAGCUCAGCUCAGCAAGAAUGGCAAAGUAAAGCCGCACUCCUAUUUCCUCAGCUGAAACCAAAUCGCCGCGCCCAUAACACCAUUAAAUGACAACAACUUAAGUCCUUAAAUACUCAUGGCUUAAAUCUCAUAACAAAUAGCCUGAAUUAAAAACUAAUUUUUAUAGUUUUUUUUUUCGCUUCAUACCAAACUAAUCGAAUGCUGCUGCUGCUGAUUACACAAAUGAAAGAGUUGCACAAUUUUUAAGAUUAAUUUCAUUGCGUUGUUAAUUAAAUAACUUUCACAACAUUUGUUACUUAGUUAUAACUAAGUUAUGAGUAUGUGUAUUUCGUAAGCGCUAAGUUAACUUUUUGUUAAAAAGUCAUCAGGUCUAGACAGUUACAGCUAUUUACACUUAUUUUUGGUGUUCAAAGUUAGAAAAGACAUAAUGCCUAAUACUUGAAUAUAUAUAUACGUAUGUAAGUUAUUUUGUUCAGUUCAAUUAACUAUGUAUGUACCAGUAGGUUGUAUUUUUUUAAGCAAACAAAGUAUGAGAUAUAUAUUUUUUGCUGUGACAAACGUAACGAACUGUCGUGAAAUUAGAGUUUAAAAUGCAUGUAGUGUGCGAAGCUUUAAUUAUGAAUUAUUAAAAUUAAAAAAUAUAUUAUUGAAUGCAUAAAUCGACAUAAAUAUAACAAAAGCUUAUUCCAAACUUAAA